CAGGAUUCUUGUCAUCCACUCAAGGACGCAUUUUGAAGACGAAGGAGUUAGAAGGAUUACCAUCCUUCACCAUAUCAUGCCGAAUACCACUGCUCCAGUUUCACAUUCGGAGCUGCGAUCAAAUACGACACAUAGUCCGACCUCAGAUUCGAACCCAUACUAUGGACGCCACUCCAUUGUCAAUGAUGGUGCUAGAUGCCAAACCAAACCAUUAAUCUCCACCAAGGGCUGGACCCUCGCGCAGUUGAUCAAAAAAUCGCCUAAUUUUUAUCCAGUGGACAGGGUCCGUUUUGACGAUCCGAUGCUAAUCCAGACAAUUCGGACGUACGAAGAUUCUGGUGCCCCCUUAAUCAUUGAAGGAUUCCAUGAACACGAUAGCUGGCCCGCCGAUCUGUUCACCUUGGAUUGGCUCAGUGAGCAUGGGAAACCGGGGGCGUUCGCACGUAACGUGCACACCUGGGCUGAUUUCGACCUGCCCCUUUCAGAGCUCAUCCAUAAACUUCGUGCGACACCAGUAUACGCUAAUGAAAAUGAAACCGAGCGACUGUAUGGCAAAGAUGCGGAAUGCCCGCACGAGUGGGCAACUUGGCUAUCAACGUCUAGCGUCCUCCCAAGUGAUCUUCUGCCUCACGGAACCAAUGAUUACCUAAAGUAUCUUUCGAGUGAUGUUCAGACUUUGAUGUGCUACCUCGGAGUAGGGGACACGUUCACUCCUUUCCACAAGGAUCUUUGUGCAUCUUCUGGCCAAAAUCUUAUGUGUUAUACUGAGAAUGGUGGUUCAUCUUUCUGGUUCAUGACAGAGAGUUCAGCUGCACCAGCCAUGGCUGCAUUUUUCCAGAAGAUGAACGAAGAAUUAGACUUUGAGACACAUGUCAUAACCACGAAAGAGUUGGAGCAGUCGAGACUAAAAAUCUACAUUGCGGAACAAACUCUUGGCGACUUAGUACUCGUUCCCCCAAGAAGCUGUCAUCAAGUCAUCAACAAUGGUGGCAUCACGAUGAAAACAUCCUGGUCGCGUAUGACUCUCAAAGGGUUGUCGAAUGCUCUUUAUCAUGAACUUCCUGUAUAUCAUCGUGUAUGCCGACCGGAAACAUACAAGGUCAAGUUGAAUAUAUAUCGCGCCCUUCACCGCCAGACACAGAUGCUUCGUGAACUUCAGCAGCAGACAAGUUCUCCUCACUCCAAUCGAUCAUCGCUCACUGUGAACUCGGACCUUGAGCGAGUCGCUGAUGAUCUCCAUCACUUACUUGAGUUGCUUGAUGAUGUCCUCGGGGAAGAAUAUUCACCAAAGCAUCAAGAUAUGCUGCAUGUUUCGCAAUCCGAUACCUGCCAUCAAAAUGACAUCUGCUGCGACUUCUGCGGCGCGGAUAUCUUCCAGAGUUUCUUUGAGUGCAUAUCCUGUGCUCUUCAUCUAUCUGGAACCGAUGACGAGAUGAAGAUCGGAGAUGGUAUCGUGGUUUGUCCUCUUUGUUACGUCGAGGGUCGUGGUUGUAAUUGCGGGAUCAUGAAUCCCACUCAAUGUCGGCCUUUUGGCGAUCUGCUAAGAGCCCGCGACGAAGCCCUAUAUGCCAUUCGAGAAGUAUGUCCUGACAUCGUGAAAGACCACGAAUGUCUACUAGGGAGUUUAAAUUCUAUCAUAUCAGCACGUCAUGUCGGCGUCUUCAUAGCUGCAUGCGUCUUGUAUGAACGACGACGGAUGUUCUCUGACAUUGAAGAGCCGCUGCGCAUGUGCUUGUCAAAGCAUGAAGAUUCUCAUAGUGCGAUAAUCUACUGCUCACUCUGUCAUGUCGGACGAUGCACGACUCAUAUAUUGGAGGGCUACCAUACGCAUGCUGCGCUGGCGUUCUUAAUGUCAAAUGAUGUCAAAGUGUGGCAUAGCUACCACAAGGAAUCCAAGGCAGCAUUUAGGGAAGGAUAUGCACGCAUCCAACACGACGAAGAGACUGGUGCACGUCCGGAUUUUCACUUGAAGUUGACAUACGUCGCAUCCAAAUUUCGUACAUGCAAGUCUAUCAACCCGAACGCGACGAUACCGGGGUGGUACGAUAAAUGCAUAGAGCUAACUAGCGCGUCUGCUGCAUCAUCGCCUUUCCGUAGGUCUGCAAGCUCCAGUGAAUUGGCAUCGCUUCCAAGCGAUUUUCAAGGUAGUUCAACGGGCUACCAUGCGGUUGGUACUUUCGGCGUUCAUGAAUCAUUUCCCACAACUCGGAAACGUCCAAGCGUACCACUUGUAAAUGGCAAGAAGCGAAGCAUGUUCGACGAUACCACGACUCAUAUAGGAUCUUUGCCAGAUGAAGAUGGUACAUCUCCAAGAGUUGACGCUUAUUCUCGAGCCCAAACGCGGGAUGUCGAUGAGGAGUAUGAGCAGCUCGAUACCUCUGCCAGCAGUUCGGACUGUCGGCCUUCAAAGAAGCAGCGUGUUGGUCCUCCCGGCAACAGACUGUCAAGAAGAGGGCCCCUGAGAUUAGAGAAACAUGCGUCAAAUGGCAAAGUCUAUCUCACGAACAAGCCUCGACUCCCCGUCAAAUUACUCCCAGACUCUCACAGCCCCGCCAAGAAAGAAGCAAUACCUGAUAACGUUCGAUCCGUGCCCCAGAAGCUACGCUUGGCGCUGGCCGAAAAUGAAAAGCUGAGAGUUGCUAAUGCCAAAUUGGAGACAGACCAUCAAAUUCUGGAGGACAAGUUAUGCGCUUUACAAAAACAAAACGUGGAAUUAAUAACCAUGUCGAGAAGCUUCCGCGCACAGUCCCGCAAGAAGCGCAACAGUCUUGACUCUAUUGGACAAGGCCCUGUCAAUUAUCCUUCUGCACCUGCUCCUUCGAUUCACAAGCACCAAGAAAGUCGAGGCUCUUUUACUAGCGCCAGCACAGCAGUGCCUCCUACCCAGUCGCGUGUCCCAGCACGACCUAUGAACGGAAGUUCUUCUACCAUUAUAUGCACCCAAACCCAAGAGAUGGGCCACUCUUUCCAUAUUGGACAUCCUUCUGCGGGUCACUAUCUCUCCAUCCAAAGAAUGCCGCGUCAUGAGCUGGAAGGGCCGCAUAUGGACACAACGCAGCAGUCCUAUGCCCAAUCUGACGAUGAGAAUGAUCCACCCGAGACACUCGUCGCGGAGCCUACCCGAGCUCAAAGCCAAGUUGGUUCUUCUGAUGACGAAGGCAAAUUUCUCUCACUCCUGGAAACUGAAACCUUCUCGUCUAUCUCCGCUGGCAUGGAGUACUGAGCUUGCGCAGUAUCAAUCUUACCCUUAAUGAUCAGAUCUGAUUCCAUAGUCAACUUUACAUAAUUGUCCCUCAACUGACCACUUUACUGCACAUAUCUCAAAGCAUAAUUACUCCUGCAGACCACUUCCGUCACCAAUUUACUUACACACUCCUGGUAGUCUGUGAACCCGUACAAAGAUAGUCAA